CCGGUUCGGGCCGGUUGGCGCCGCCCGCGACCUGCACGGCCGCCCCGCCCGGGAGUUCCGGGACUCCGCCCCCGCUCGGGUAAUCAACCCGGCGUCCCUGACCCCGGCGUGUGGGUGGGGGCGGGUCGGCCCGAGUGGGGAGCGCCCUUCCCGAGGGGCAGCGGGUGACCGGAGGGGCACCUCGACCCCCGCGUGCGCAGGUCUCCACCAGCCCAAGCGACAGCAUGGCAGCCAUCCCCUCCAGCGGCUCGCUCGUGGCCACCCACGAUUAUUACCGGCGCCGCCUGGGCUCCUCUUCCAGUAACAGCUCUUGCGGAAGUGCGGAGUAUGCUGGGGAAGCCAUCCCUCACCACCCCGGUCUCCCCAAGGCUGACCCGGGUCACUGGUGGGCAAGCUUCUUCUUUGGGAAGUCCACUCUCCCAUUCAUGGCUACAGUGUUGGAGUCCCCAGAAUGCUCGGAAUCCCCCCAGGCCUCCAGCGGCACAAUCACCUGCGACUUGGUUCUGGGGGCCAUGAGGAAUCAGCCUGGUGGCCGACCUGGCAAAGCCAACACCGGGCCUCCAUCCUGAAUGGCCACCACCAGGCUUCAGGAGGCGCUAGGCUCAUCAGAGCCCCUCCCCUUCCCUCCCCUCCCUCUCCCUCCCUUCCCCAUAGACUAGGCAGGCUGCCGCAAGCAGAAGCAAUCGGGUUCUUUUAUAUCAAAAUUCCAAAACACCAAAAAGGAAGUUGAGAGAAGCCCACUCUACUAUGCGAGCCACAGGCAAGCCUUCCUCACACCCUGGAACCGUGUGCCUUGCACCAAGUCGAAAAUAAACUCCAAGCAGCCAGUAGCUCAAA